AUGACAGAGAAUGGAGCAGAAAUACCUGUAGUUAACCUCACGCUAGAUGCUGAGGAGGAGGAAGAAAACGAAGUAGUUUCUGAGUUGAAGAGACAGGAGACGCCGAAGUUAUUUGUGAAGCGAGAGAUCGAUGAAAUAGAAGCAGAACAUCUGCAGCCUCUGGUGAAACACUUUAAACCAAUGGAGCAGGACUCACAAGUGAUUGUAGUAUCAAGCGAAGAGGAGGCAGACGUCAAACCCGCGGAGGGUGCACAUGUGGCGCUUCAACAUCUACAAGAACGGCUAUUAGUGCUGACUAAAAAACUUCGGGCUAAGAAAAGUAUGACGGAUGUCUUAACAAACAAGCUGGCCAGACGUAAAGAUGCUGAAGAUACUCUUCAGGUUAAGUAUCGUUCGUUACUGAACCUUUAUGGAGAGGAUCCCAAUAUGCCGUCGCAGAGAAAAUUAUUAACUGACCUACGGCAGCAGAUACGCGCGGCAGAGGAGCGGACAGUGGCAACAAGAACAAAACUUCAUUCUGUGAAAAGGGACCAUCAUGACUUAGAGAACGAGAUAAAACAACUGUACGAAAGGAUAAGAGCCAUAUCUAGCCACAACGGCAAAGAAAUGUCACUUCAACUUCAGAGUGUCUCCAAAGAUAUUAUCAAAGAUGUGAGGAAACACAACCUUUUCGUAGAAACUAUCAAUAAAGUUAAAGAACUACUGCGUAACACUUCACGAUCCGAGGAUAAUAAGAUUUAUAUCAAUACACUUUGUGACCGACUACUGGCAUUUGAAUCAGAGAUUUUCUAUGAACAACCCAGUUCGGUUUUCUUGAAGGCAACAAUAUAUCAAAUAUUAACAGAGUUAACAAGUCAAGGUAUAAAGAUGCCUUAUAUCUUCCAACGAUUUCAAGAAUUAAAACUUUAUGAUGAAGAUCUCCCUAAAUCAGAGGAAUCCUUGUCUACCGACUCCAAAUUCAAAAGUCAUAUAGACCAGGUCUUCAGCUUGGCCGACAAGAUCCACAGACCUGAUAAAGAAAAGCAUCAAAUCAAGCACUAUGCUUCCAUCGUUUUGGAUGGCUACCGGAAUCGAUCUCAAUACCCAUUACAACACCCUGGUAAAUACAAUAAAAUAACACAUGCAUUGUUGCGUUUGGUUCAAUUGGGUGUCCGCAUCCCCUUUGUUUUGGAAGAGAUGAAAAAGCUACAUUAUAAUAUAAAUUCUGCGAUUGAUUCUACAAAAGUGUUCCAAGAAAUUCACGCAGUAAAAUCAAGCAUACUGGAAAAAUCACUAAGCAGUGAUAGAGCAUCGAAGCUUUUCAAAGACCUUGACCUUUUAAUUGGUUUCCUUGAAUUCACUUUAGAGGGAGAAGAAGUCUACGAUCCUGAAAUUGUAAAAAAUAUUUUCAAACUGAUGGUGCAUAUUGAAAGGUUGAAUAUUAAUAUACCUUACACCAAGGAAGCAAUGCACAAGUUAGGACUGAAUUGGGAUGACUUCAUUGAUACAGAAUAUUUCCUACAGAGCAUAACAAAAAUGAAAAGAAGACUUCAUGAACUGAAGUCUUCUCGCUCUCCUGCUGAUAUGUCCAGGAUAUUGCAAAGUCUUGAUUGCCUUGUCUUUUUCAUAGAAAAGUAUCAUGAGGAUAAACAGUAUAAAGUGCCCACAAUGCAUUCCAAAGAAAGGGAAGAAGUGUGCCAUUCAGCACAUAUACUUCACUCUUCUGGCAUUUUACUGCUUUACUGCUACGAAUCUUUAACCAAAUUAGGUUUCGACUGGCAGUAUUAUCCCGAGGAAUCGCUAAAAGUUAUUGAACUUGCCAAAGAUAUGCUUCAAAAAGAUUCCUCGAAAACAAUUCAUGAAAAGGCCAAUAUUUUAACUUUGAUACAAACCUUAGAAAAAGGAAUCAUUAGGGCAAUGGAUAUGUCUACAUUUUCUGAGAUGAAAAUUGAAAGUUUUAGGUUAACCCUAUCAACUCUCCAAAGGACUGGCUGCAAAAUGCCGAGUGUCGAAUUAACAUACCAGUCCAUUAUGAAAGGUACAUACUUGAAUUGUCUUCUUAAUGCUGAGCGCCAGGCUGCGCUAGUUGACAACGCAAGAGACUCUCAAUCAUCUACAAGUCACUCUUUGUCAAGCGGAUUGAAAUAUGAAAAGGAUGAUAAAGCUUUAAUUGGAAAUCCACCAUAUGAAUCGAAGAAAUCCACUUCGAAACUCGAAGGCCAUUCACAACUGCUAUCUUUACGAAAGCUUCAGGAUGAAAUAGAAGAGGCAAUAUUAACUUUGUCAACAAACCACUCUCUCGAUAAAAUGGCUCAAGAUACAAUCGUGAGCGCACUUUCGAACAUAUUAAGCCUCCUAAAAAUUUCAGAGGAGUUCAACUCAACCACUGUACCAUCAAUGUGGCGUUCCACCGUGCAGAUGAGCAUUGAUGUGCUGGAUCGCUUUUUAUAUAUUGGCACUAUACCAGGAGUUUUGGAUCGCCUAUUCCAACUGGGGUUUUCUAUUCCCGAGCAAUAUGCCAAUGAUGAUGACCUUGCAGUUAUUGGAGGUAAAACAAUAAAAAAUGAGGAGUUUGUUACUUACGACUCUGAUGAGGAUGAUGACAUAGAUGAGGUUAUAGAGAAUUAUAAAACGAGAAUAGACCAUUCACUACGUAUGACGAAUAUCUAUAACACUGCUGAUGCGUCGUCAUUAAGAGAUUUAUUAGAAGGCUUGAAAGAGAUCGAAACAGAAGUUGAAGGGGAAGAUUUGACGCCAAAUGAACUAACCGUAAACCUAUUAAAGCACCAAAGACAAGGUUUACGAUGGCUAGUGUCAAUGGAAAAAUCCAGCAAAAGGGGUGGUUUAUUGGCUGAUGAUAUGGGUCUUGGUAAAACUGUUCAGAGUCUCGCCUUAUUAAUGGCAAACAAGCCAGAACCGAAGUCAGCGAUUAAAACGACAUUGGUUGUUGCCCCUGUGGCUGUUUUGAGAGUGUGGAAAGACGAAGUCGCUGUCAAAAUAAAGAAGGAUGUUAAUGUUAAGGUGGUGAUAUUCGGAGGUGGUGAAAAUAAUAGCAGCAAAUUCAGAAGUUGGAAAGACUUGGCCGAAUACGACAUAGUGCUAGUGUCUUAUCAGACAUUGGCAAGCGAAUUCAAGAAACAUUGGCCAUUGAGCUGGAAAAAUGGGGAGCAUCAGCCCGAUGUGCAUGCAGUUGACUUAAAGCUCAUGAAUCAAGUCAAGUCAAGCGAUGAAUAUUUCUCUCCCUUCUAUCGUAAUGAUUCUGAAUUUUACAGAGUUAUUCUAGAUGAAGCGCAGAAUAUAAAAAAUAAAAAGACACAAGCAGCCAAAGCCUGUUGUACCAUCUCUUCGACUUUCAGGUGGGCUUUAUCAGGCACACCCAUUCAGAAUAACAUAGGUGAGCUAUACUCUUUAAUCAGGUUUUUGAGGAUACCUCCCUACAACAAAGAGGCCAAGUUCCAUUCUGAUAUUGGUGCAGUUUUGAAUACAAAGAAACCCUAUGAUUACAAUGAUAGCGAGCGGCAACGUGCUAUGAAAAAAGUGCAAGUACUUCUCAGAGCUAUUAUGUUGCGCAGAACUAAAACAUCACAAAUAGAUGGCAAACCUAUACUACAACUUCCUGAAAAACAUCUAAAGGAGUCUGCUAAUAAAUUAGAAGGAGAUGAACUAGAGUUCUAUCAAGCUCUCGAAUCCAAAUCACGAGAUAAAGCUAAGAAAAUGUUGGAAAGUAAGCAAAAGCAAGGGGCAUACUCCAGUAUAUUAACUUUGCUUUUGAGAUUAAGACAAGCUUGCUUGCAUUCCGAACUUGUGAAAAUCGGGGAGUCAAAUGCUAAAAGCUCAAAGAUUAUUAACGGGAAAGAUUUCGAGAAAGAUUGGAGGCCGCUUUAUUUUGUAUCUAAAAGGAUGGGACAGAAUCAGGCCACCUUGAACGCCGUCAACGCAUGUUUAGAUGACAUGACUUGCCCAGUUUGUAUGGAACAAAUGGAUAUUGACUCAAUGUUAGUUUUGAAUUCCUGUGGUCAUUGCUUAUGCGCACAAUGUUUUGAACCGUAUGUUGAUAACGCAAAAUUGGAGCCCACCGCGUCCUUCGGACCGAAAGGUACUAAUUCUGUCAAUAUUCCAUGUCUUGUAUGCAGGAAAAUGAACAAUGACAAAGAAGCAAUCAGUUAUCAACUAUUUGAUCAAGUUAAUAACCUCAACUAUUCUAUUGAUGAUUUGAGGCUAGAAUAUGACAAGAUGGUAGCUGAACAAAAGGCUAGGUUAAAAAAUGGUUACACAAUAGAUUAUAAAAGCCUUAAAGAAUCUAAGAAGGUUGAAAUGUGUCUUGACAUUAUCAAGAAAGUCACAGAUUCUAACACUGAUGAAAAGCUAGUCAUAUUUUCGCAAUUCACUAUGUUCUUUGAAAUUUUAGGACAUUUUAUCAAGAAGAAUCUCGGUCUGAAUUUCUUGAGAUAUGACGGGAGUAUGUCAUCCAGUCAAAGAUCUGCUUGUAUCGAGAGUUUUUACCAGGAUAAUAAUUAUAGAGUGAUGCUAAUUUCUAUGAAAGCAGGUAAUUCGGGGCUUACUCUCACAUGUGCAAACCAUGUCAUCCUAGCAGAUCCGUUUUGGAAUCCGUUUGUUGAAGAACAAGCGAUGGACAGAUGUCACAGAAUCUCACAAGAAAGAGAAGUCUAUGUUCAUCGGUUGCUAAUAAAAAUGUCAGUUGAAGACAGAAUUGUUGAAUUACAAAACAAGAAGAAAACUCUAGUGAACUUAGCCAUGGACCCAACACAAAUCAGAGAGGUAAAUAAAUUAGGAAGAAAAGAACUAGGAUUCUUAUUCGGUUUGAAUUCAUUAGAUUGA